AAUGUAAGUACAAACACUCGUAAAACAGAAUAUAGAGUAAUAGAUAUGUUUGAUGUUGAAAAGCAAUUAACCAUGAAAAUCAAAGGCCUUCUUUGCUUGGUUUUCAGUUUCUUGGUUGCCUUCUCAGUGGCUCACAAUGAACAAGGUACGAAUAACAGUACCUCUUCUCUUAAACGAAGCGGUUUUCCAGCAGAUUUUGUGUUUGGAACUGCAUCAUCUUCUUACCAGUACGAAGGUGCAGCAUUUGAAGAUGGUAAGGGACCUAGUAUAUGGGAUACCUUCACUCAGAGGCAUCCAGAGAAGAUCGAGGACCACAGCAGUGGAAAGAUUGCUGAUGACUCGUAUCAUAGGUACAAGGAAGAUGUAGCUAUCAUGGAAGGCUUAGGUUUUGAUGCUUACAGAUUUUCCAUCUCCUGGCCUAGAAUUUUGCCUCUUGGUCACGUAAGAGGAGGAAUAAAUCAGAAGGGCAUCGAUUACUACAACAAUCUCAUCAAUGAACUCCUGUCAAAUGGAAUCAAACCUUUUGUGACUCUAUUCCACUGGGAUGUUCCACAAGCCCUUGAAGAUGAAUAUGCUAGUUUUUUAAGCCCCAAAAUUGUAAAAGAUUUUCGAGACUAUGCAGAGUUAUGCUUCAACAAAUUUGGUGAUAGGGUAAAGCACUGGAUUACAUUGAACGAGCCACUAAUCUAUGCUAGUGGUGGGUAUGCAUCUGGUUUAAUUGCACCUGGUAGAUGUUCAAAUUCUUCCUCUUCAAACUGCACUGAAGGUGAUUCCAGCACUGAGCCAUACAUAGCAGGCCACUACCAGCUUCUUGCUCAUGCUGCUGCAGUUAAAGUCUACAGGGAAAAGUUCCAGAAAUCUCAAGAAGGCCAAAUUGGGAUUACACUAAAUUCAGGCUGGUUUGAACCGUUAACUGAGUCCAGUAAUGAUCGUAUUGCAGCAUCUAGAGCCAUGGCUUUCCAAUAUGAUUGGUUUAUGGAGCCACUAAAGUCUGGUUUAUACCCAGUUGAUAUGGUUAAAUUUGUGGGAAAAAGAUUGCCAAAAUUUUCUAAAAAGGAAGCCUUGAUGGUUAAAGGGUCAUUCGAUUUCAUUGGGAUAAACUACUAUUCUGCAAAUUAUGCAAGUGAUAUUCCUUGCACAACCCAAAACGUGAGCUACUUCACUGACCCUUGUGUCAAUAUCUCAACACACAGAAAUGGGAUCCCAAUUGGUAAAAAGGGGGGAUCAUUUUGGCUUUAUAUUUAUCCAAGAGGGAUUUUAGAUCUUCUGCUGUAUACCAAGCACAAGUUUGAUGAUCCUGUCAUCUAUAUCACUGAGAAUGGAGUAAGUGAGGUAAAUACUGGUUCUGUUUCUCUGAAGGAUAAGCUUAGAGUAAAUUACCACCGUGAUCAUCUUUCUUUCCUUCAAAAUGCAAUGGAGAUUGGCGUGAAUGUGAAGGGAUACUUUGCGUGGUCAUUGCUUGACAAUUUCGAAUGGAGUUCUGGUUAUACUGUUCGUUUUGGUCUGGUUUUUGUAGACUACAAAGACGGAUUGAAACGAUAUCCAAAAAAAUCAGCCAACUGGUUCAGAAAAUUUCUUGGUUCUGGGAAUCACACUAAAUCAAACGAUAUGGAACUUUGAAUCUGAUCUUAAUUAAUUUCUUAGAGAACUUGUACGACGCAUCUUAAUUAUGUAGCGGAUGUAACUCUAAUUUCUAUCUCAUCUGCAAGAACUCAUAAUCAUAUCAUUAUGCACUUCAAGUCAGACUCUGUAUAUUAGAUCAA